AUGUUCCCCUCGACGCCGCUGCUGAAGGAGAUCGUCAGCCAGCCGUUCAAGCGGUCCCAGCUGGGUCUCUUUCAUGGCAAGAUGAAGCAGUACGGUAACAGCGUGCCGUUCUCAAAACACAAAACGCGUCGUUCAUGGCUCCCGAACAUCCAGAACAAGCGGCUCUUCUCCGACACUCUGCAGCAAUUCAUGAGGAUAAAAGUGACGGCGCGGGCGUUGAAGACGAUCAAGAAAUACGGAGGACUCGACCAGUACGUGCUCAAGACCAAGUCUAACGUACUCGGUUGGGAGGGUAUGCGGCUACGAGUUAUGGUGCGUGAGCAGCAAGAGGCCCAGGCGCAACAAGCGAAUGGCGCUGCGCAAACAGCACGAGGACCUUGAACAGCUAGAGGGUGCUCUCUUAACAUGCAUAUCACUUGCACUAUCACAAUUUCAGGGCAUGGCGAGCCUUCUGCACGCACGAGACCCGGUGACGCUGUGCAAAUACUAGUUGUUUGUGAGGUGGGAUGUGCUCAGAGCCCAAAGGGAAUCCACACCCGUUCUCUACUGUCACACGCGUAACGCUUUCAUGAAAUCAACAUCUCGCUGGUUUUCACCUUGCUAUAGUGCUUGUUUGGUUGUGUCGUAGGACGUCUGAUAUUCUCGAUCCUCGUAAUCAUAUUGAGCCUCAGACGCUGGAUAAUGUUUCUCCGGUCUGUUGCUGGAUGUCACUACUCUCUUCUUAGUUCCUGCUGCUCGUGGGGACAUUGGCUAAAUUCUCCAAGCUUCUCUCUGUAGCAACCUUGCAGGGCAUAGACGCAAUUGCUGAUAAGAAGCG